CAUAAAUUCUUCUUCCUGUAUAGCUCUGUUCCUGGUGGAUAACUUCCAUGAGGUGUACCUGUGGCAGGGCUGGUGGCCCCAGGACAGCGAGAACCCCAGCUCCACCAGGAUAAGAUGGGACAUGGACAGGAAAUGUGCCAUGGAAACAGUGCUGCAGUACUGCAUGGAGAAUAAUGAGAAGAAGUCUCAGAAGUCGUAUCUGAUCCAUGCUGGUCUAGAGCCUCUCACCUUCACCAACGUGUUCCCAAGCUGGGAGCACAGAGAGGACAUUGCAGAGAUCACUGAGAGGGAGGUGGAGGUGUGUAACCAGAUCAUCCUGGUGGAAGAUGUGCUGGCCAGGCUGUGCCAGAACACCUAUCCCCUGGCUGAGCUAUUGGCACGCCCACUUCCUGAAGGCGUCGACCCCCUCCGCCUGGAGCUCUACCUAUCAGACCAGGACUUUGAGAAGGCGUUGGACAUGAAGAGAGAGGAGUACGAAGGAUUACCAGGGUGGAAGCAAGUCAACUUAAAGAAGGCUAAAGGACUGUUUUAGUCUAAGUUAACCUGACGAUGGUUGUGGAGAGGAGAAGAAAUUCAACAACUCUUGGAGAACAGUGGAAGUUGAUAAAAUGCUUCUUUAUUGUUAAGACCAACCUGUUUCAUCAGCUGGUAGCUGGCAGCACUUUAAAUCGGAGGAUGUGAUCAUCGUUUGGGGGAAUGGAACGUAUCAAACGCAUGGGUUUUUACAAGAGAGUUUGAUACAAUUUCAUUCACUCCGUUCCAGUCAUUAUUAUGAGCGUCCUCCCCUCACCAGCCUCCUCUGCUGAACACACUCUCAGGGACGAUAAGUGGGAGAAGAGGACAGAGGCUGGGUUGGGGGAUCUGCUAAGGUGUGCUAGCCUCAUGUAACAUCAUGUUUUUAACUUUUAAUUAUGUAACUAUGUAGGAAAAUGAAAAUCCUGCUUAGCACAUUUUCUCAGUGGCUUAUCAGGAACUGUACAAGCAGGACCUGCUCUUU